AUGUAAAAAGACUUAGAUCCUUAUAAGAGUCGCCCAUCAUCCCCUUUUAACUACUCACCAUUAGCAGUGAUCAAAAGAGAUUCAUAUUUCUAAGACUACAAUGAAAGUGCUGAGAUGAGAGAAAUUUGGGAAGAUUAGGAAAAAUUUUAACAUGAAUACGACGAUAUGGUAGACAUAAUUGGAAAUGGUUAAGAAGAGUACAAGAAAAAAUUUUUAAAUGAAAUUGAUGUUCCUUAUGAUCCAGUUGGACCAUCAGAAUAAAAGGAAAAUACUAAAAUUCCUCCUGAAAAACCAGAACUUAAGCCUAUAAAAUUUAAGGACAAAAGUUAUUGCAGAUAUAUCCUCUUAUAUAUGUUUCGAACAAUAGAAAAUAAAUAAUUUGCUGGAAUCAUUAGAGAUAUAUGUAGUGAUUUUUCGGUUAACUACGAUACCUUCGUAGAAUACUAUAGAUAGUAGAGAAUAUUGAUAAUGGGUUACAAAGCAUUAAAAACAGAAUUAAUCUACGAAAACCAACCUCUAACUAUUUAAAACCGCAAAAAGGCAUUUAAGUAGGUUCUCGUUUGGUACUUGGAUAGAUUAGCUACUAAACAUAUCUUAUCAAGUAAAAAGUAAAACUUCAAGGAGUAUCUCAAGUUUAAAAAUUAUGUCAUGAGUUAUUAUAUACACAAUCCAAAAAGUUGGACAGGAAAUAAGCCAUUAUGGAAAGCUAAUGAAAAUUGA